UGAUUCGAGGUGAUCCUCGACUCUUGACAGUCAACUUCUACCAUGGUCGUUUAUCGGACAGACUCGAAUGGGUCUUCGCACUAUGACGCGACACCGAAAUCUGUGCCCACGGCUCGUCGAUAUCCUGCUAGUCCCUUCUCCUCGUGGUUCUCCCAAGGACUUACCACACACAAUAUUUCUACUGUCAUCGCCGUCGUCCUCUUCUCUAUACUCCUAUUCCAAUACUACUCCUACGACAAUAGCUGCGAGCUUGAACAAUCCGGUUUGCGAGGGCUUUGGCGUGAAAAGAAGAUGGAGUACGAGAAUGAUAUGAGGCGGUGGGAGCAGGAACGAGCAGCCAACGAGAACCAGGCGAAACUGGAUCGGCGUGUAAAGGAGAUGGAGCUCGAGAGUGUUACGAUGCGAUGGGAGCAGGAACGAGCAGCCAGCGAAUCUCAAGCUAGACUAGAUUGGAGUGCAGAGGAGAUGAAGCAUGAGAGGGAAAGAGAACGGUGGGAGCUGGAGCGAACGGCUAAUCGAACUCAAGGGAGAUCAGACUGGGAUAAGGAGAAAUUGGCCCACCAGAAUGUGAGGGAAGGGUGGGAGAGAGAAAGGCAGAAACUAGCAGCGGAGAACGAACGCGUGAAGGAAAAGUGGGAGAGAGAACGACGAGAGCGAGAGGCACAGGACAAGCGUGCUAGGGAAAAGUCGGUAAGAGAUCAAUGGGAACGGGAUUCGGAGGCGAAACGCGCUAAGGAACAAUGGGCGAAGGAGCGACAGCAGUGGAAGGCGGAGCGGAAGGGGUGGGAGAAGGAGAGGGCGAAAUAUCUCCCUUACUUCGAGGAACCCAUUCUGAAAGACACUCAUUGCAGAGCCUUCAAUACGAGGGAGUACCAGGCAAGGUUGUGGAAUAUUCGACUUCCGGGGGACAAUCGUUGGUUGGAGGCUUGUAUGAGUACAGAGACGACGAUCCGUGGCCAGAAAUUCAAAUCGCCACACCGGUGUGUGGAUCAGGGCAUGGGGAUGAUCAUGGCGUAUUGGACGGUCACCGAUCCCAAGGAGACAGGGUGUAGCUCGACUUGGGGAACACUUCAGGACAACGGCUGUUUCGGGGGUACCCAGGUCUACAAAGCACCGCUUUUAGGUCACCGACCAGGUGAUGAUUGGUACAAGAUGUGCCGUACGACCCUCGGAGAGAAAGACCUAGGCUUUACCAGUGGCUGCGUACAGCAGCCCCAAGGCGCUAGUAGUACUCCACUUCGAACAGUAGGCAUAUGGGAGCUCAAUGACCCGACCUGCCAGUGAGAAGUUUGACUGGUGUAUCCCAGUUUCCAAAGGUUAGAGAAAGAGGAGUGUUUAAGUUUCUGUUUGUUCAUUUGUACACAACGUAUUGUCGGUUUGAAGCUGCUCUGUUCUGCACAUGCGCAUGUGUGAAAUCUAC